CUUUUUGACACCGCUGUUUCUCUUUCCUCUUCUCCGCCAAAACCAGAGCUCAAAGCUCUCGUUUCUCCCUGUAAUGGCGGCCUUCAAAUCCUAAACGCCCUGCUUCUUUCAUUUUCAUCUUGUAACACCCAUAAAGAUGGCAACUUUCUUUCCUUCUUUCUCUAUCUUCGUUCUGUCUUUAUUUUCUGCUGUCUUUCUCUCUCUUCAAGUUUCGCCGGAAAACAGAGACAUCCAGUUACUGAUCAAAUUCAAAGAAAAUCUCCCCAACACGUCUUUGCUUCAGAACUGGCAGUUUAACCGAGACCCAUGUCAGUUUUUUGGUGUUUUAUGUCAAGAAUCCAGAGUUUCCUCUAUAGACCUUUCCAUUCCUUUGAGCAUUGAUUUCCAGUUUGUGUCGAGUUAUCUAUUGGUUCUUGAGAAGCUUCAGUCUUUGUCUUUGGUUUCCGGCAACAUUUCCGGCUCCAUUUCUUUCCCUUCUGGAUUUAAGUGCAGCUCCGUUUUGGACAGCGUAGAUCUAUCUCAUAACAGCUUGUCAGGUCCUGUUUCUGGUUUGUCUUACCUGGGUUCCUGCUCGAAUUUGAAGUCCCUGAAUCUAUCAAACAAUUUGCUUGAUUUUUCAGGGAAAGAAUCGAGGGGAUUGCUGCUGGGUUUGGAAAUUCUUGAUCUUUCUUACAACGAGAUUUCUGGUCCGAAUGUCGUGUCUUGGGUUGUUUAUGGCGGUUGCAACGGCCUGAGAUACUUGGCUUUGAAGGGGAACAAGAUCACUGGAGAAAUUAAUGUUUCUGGUUGCAAGAAUUUGCAGUUCUUGGAUCUUUCCUCGAACAAUUUCUCCUCGGAGAUUCCCUCAUUUGGAGAUUGCUUGACUCUGGAACAUCUCGAUAUCUCUUCAAACAAGUUCUCUGGCAACAUCUCCCUUGCAAUUUCUCGAUGUACCCAGUUGAAUUUCUUGAAUAUCUCCUACAAUCAGUUUAUGGGUCCGAUUCCGGCUCUCCCAGUUUCUUCUGAUUUGCAGCACCUUUAUCUUUCCGGCAAUCAUUUUCAAGGGGAGAUUCCUCUGCAUCUCACGGAUUUCUGUUCGAAUCUCGUCCGGCUGGAUCUGUCUUCCAACAAUCUCACCGGUACGAUUCCUAGUGGCUUUGGUUCUUGCUCUUCCUUGGAGUCUUUUGAUGUUUCUCGUAACAUUUUAUCCGGUGAACUGCCACUGGAGACAAUCCUCCAAAUGGGCAACUUGAAGGAGCUUGUUCUCGGUUCUAAUAACUUCCUCGGCACUUUGCCGGAAUUGCUGUCCAACCUUACGGCCUUGGAGACCUUAGAUCUCAGUUCAAAUAGUUUUACUGGGUCGAUCCCUGCUUCUUUGUGUCAAAAUCCCAGAAACAAUUUGAAAGAGCUUUUUUUACAGGAUAAUAAUUUAACUGGCCCUAUUCCUGCGAGUCUUAGUAACUGUUCUCAGCUUGUUUCCCUUCACCUGAGCUUCAAUUACCUCAAUGGAACAAUUCCAGCGAGCAUUGGAUCUCUCUCCAAGCUUCGAGAUUUAAAGCUCUGGUUGAACCAGCUCCAAGGAGAAAUCCCGCCUGAGCUGAGUAAUAUUCAGACACUUGAGACCCUAAUUCUUGACUUCAAUAUGCUGAGCGGAACCAUUCCUUCUGCUUUGAGCAACUGCACUAAGUUGAAUUGGAUUGCGUUGUCCAACAACAAGUUGACCGGUGAGAUUCCUGCGUGGAUUGGGAAGCUUUCGAAUCUUGCUAUUCUGAAGCUGAGCGGCAACUCCUUCUAUGGCAGUAUUCCGCCGGAGCUUGGAGAUUGUCGGAGCCUGAUAUGGUUGGAUCUGAAUACCAAUGCUUUGAGUGGGACGAUUCCACCCGUCCUGUUCAGACAGUCUGGUAAAAUUGCGGUGAAUUUCAUUUCCGGGAAGAAGUAUAUGUAUGUCAGGAAUGAUGGAAGCAAAGAGUGUCAUGGAUCGGGAAAUUUGCUGGAAUUUUCCGGAAUUAGGCAGGAACAGCUGGAUAGAAUUUCUUCUCGGAACCCCUGCAACUUCACCAGAGUGUAUGAAGGUCUCACGCAGCCCACAUACAACAAUAACGGGUCCAUGAUUUUUCUUGAUCUUUCUUACAAUAAGUUGUCAGGCAGUAUUCCACAGGAAAUUGGCACAAUGCCUGACCUCUUUAUCUUGAAUUUGGGGCAUAACAACUUCUCUGGAUCAAUCCCGGAGGAGAUUGGUAACUUGAUGGGUCUAGGAAUUCUUGAUCUCUCUCACAACAUGUUGGAGGGGGCGAUCCCGCAAUCCAUGACUCAUCUUGCCUUGCUUACUCAGAUUGAUUUGUCCAACAAUUAUCUUACCGGUCCCAUUCCUGGAAUGGGUCAGCUGGAGACAUUUACUCCUUCCAACUAUGCCAAUAACACAGGUCUCUGUGGGUAUCCUCUUUCUCCCUGUGAAAAAGACCCAGCAUCACAAAGUCAGCACCGGAAAUCACACAGCAGACUGGCUUCGCUUGCUGGGAGUGUGGCAAUGGGGUUGUUGUUCUCCCUCUUCUGCAUCUUCGGCUUGAUUAUAGUUGCUGUUGAGACUAAGAAAAGAAGGAAGAAGAAGGAUUCUGCUCUUGAUGUUUAUAUUGAAAACAAUUCUCACUCUGGCACUGCAACCACUAACUGGAAGAUCACUUGUGCCCGGGAAGCAUUGAGCAUAAACCUUGCCACAUUUGAGAAGCCUCUCAGGAAGCUCACCUUUGCCGACCUUGUUGAAGCUACUAACGGUUUUCACAAUGACAGCCUUAUUGGUUCUGGUGGUUUUGGUGAUGUAUACAAGGCCCAACUGAAAGAUGGAAGUGUUGUGGCAAUCAAGAAACUGAUACACAUCAGUGGACAGGGUGAUCGGGAAUUCACGGCUGAGAUGGAAACUAUUGGGAAGAUUAAGCACCGGAACCUGGUUCCUCUCCUGGGGUACUGCAGGGUAGGAGAAGAAAGACUUCUGGUUUAUGAGUACAUGAAGUAUGGAAGCUUAGACGAUGUUCUACAUGAACAGAACAAAGCUGGGAUCAAGCUGAAUUGGGCAGCCAGGAGGAAGAUAGUGCUUGGGACUGCUAGAGGUUUGGCUUUUCUUCACCAUAGUUGUAAUCCACAUAUAAUUCACAGAGACAUGAAGUCUAGCAAUGUCCUGCUGGAUGAAAAUUUGGAGGCUAGAGUUUCAGAUUUUGGAAUGGCUAGGCUUAUGAGUGCAAUGGACACUCAUUUGAGUGUCAGCACAUUAGCCGGCACCCCUGGCUAUGUUCCUCCUGAAUACUACCAAAGCUUUAAAUGUUCCACCAAAGGUGAUGUCUACAGUUAUGGUGUAGUUUUGCUCGAGUUGCUGACAGGGAAAAAGCCAACAGAUUCAACCGAUUUUGGUGACAAUAAUCUUGUUGGGUGGGUAAAGCAGCAUGCCAAGAUGAGAGUAAGCGAUGUUUUUGAUCCAGAGCUCCUGAAGGAGGAUCCAACCCUUGAGAUUGAGCUUCAACAACACCUAAGGGUAGCUUGUGCAUGCUUGGAAGAUCGACCUUGGAAACGACCAACCAUGAUCGACGUCAUGGCAAAGUUCAAGGAAAUACAAACAGGGUCUGGCUUUGAUUCACAAUCCACCAUAGCCAUUGAUGACAGUGGCUUUAAUGCAGUUGAAAUGGCAGACAUGACCAUAAAAGAAGACCCUGAAGGCAAGUGAAACAGAAUUGCAUCAAUUUUCAGGAGGAUUCUUUGAAGAGCAAGGAAGAAAGCAGGCGGCAAUGGUUCGUUCGCCUCCCCAGAAAAAAUUUCCCCUCACUCGCCGAAUACCACUUUGUAUCUCUACCAUUGAAUGUAUGUAUGCUUGUUAUUUAUACAUAAACCUUAACGUGUUAUAAAAUGUGUAAAUAUUCGGUUCCCUUCCAGUUUCCAUU